GUCACAUUACCAAAGGGUGGUGUCCAAAGGGGGCUCGCAAUAAAUCUUGGACGGACAAGCCACUCUCACAGACUCAAGGACCCAUUCACUGCAUUGAAUCCUCAAACCCUUGUUCAUGAAAGCCAACUUUACUUCACCAGCGCUGAUCUGCGAGACAACUCACGCCGAGGGCUGAACAUGGGGCUAUCGCUGGAGCUUACAGUAUCGUGAGAUCUUUCACAAGCUCAUCUCCAAAACCCUUGAGAAUCAACAUCCCGUGUCGGUCGGAAGCCUUAAGAGGAUAGACAUGCUGGUCAUUCGCCUCUCUCACGCUCUUUCAUCCCUCUCGUUCCUUGUCGUCGCCUUGGGAAACAUCCACCGUCCACCAGCUCGAGGAUUCCGUGCUCAUGAUAUUGUCAAACGACAGGCCAAUGGGCACUACAUCGGUGGCGUACUGCUCGACGUGUCCUUUGGUUCCGGAUAUUCAACUGCCUCGACACCUAGUCUGACUUCCUCCUCCUCAGGACGAGCCAGGGGUCCCUUACGUGCCGGCUUCUUGGAUUGGAACCUCGUAGCCAUCUCCACAUCCUCUGCACCCGAUCAAACAUCUUCGGUCGCCAUUUCAUCCUCAAUAUCCAGUCAUGCCAGCUCUCCCAUCCCGACACAUUCUUCCACCGCGUCAAUCACGUCUAUCCGACCACCUCAGGUCAUCCACUUGAUCGAAGUAGGAUCAGGAGUAGCAGGCGGAAAUCAAGCGACUUACACUUCAAAUGCACCGCCAUCGACCACCGUACAAAGUCAGCAUGUCCCAGAUCUAGAUCCAGAUCCAAAUCCAAAUCCUCAUCCACAGUCUCAAGCUCCUCUCUCCGCCGAAACGAGCAGCACGAGUGUCGCCGAUGGAGUUCCUGUACCGGGUCCGACGUACUCCGGGACCUCGGGUGAUCAAGCGGGCUGGGUCAGAGCUCAUAAUGCUUAUCGGAGUCAAUAUCAAGCUCCAGCCUUGACAUGGAGUGACGAUAUGAUGUGGAAGGCGAAAGGUAACGCAGAGUUGUGUACUUAUGGGCAUACCAACACUGGCGAGAACAUUGCUUGGGGACCCGAUAUGGGCCCUGAUAAAGUCAUUGAUAUGUGGAUGAGCGAGGCUCCAUUGUAUGAUUGGUCGCAUCCAGGGUAUCAAGAUCCCGCAGGUCACUUUACUCAAGUCAUUUGGGUCGAUUCGCUCAGAGUAGGUUGUUACAUUGUCAACUGUCCGGACGGAGGUCAACAAGCGACGUGCGAGUACGAUCCCAUCGGCAACUACGUCAACGCAGGCAUGUUUCAAGCCAACGUCAAGCCGAAGACAUAAUACACAUCGGCUUCCGUUUGACCCUGAGAAAAUGCAUGCUGCAGUACAAUUCCUUCUACCUUCCGUAUACCUCAUGCUUGUCCUUCUGGAAAUAAUGUCUUAUGCAAGACCUAUAGCACGGUGCCCUCCGGGAGCA